AAAAAAAAAUUAAAAAGUGGUUAAAAAGUUGAGGCAAAAAAACAAACAAACAAACAUACAAAUCUUCAAAUUCUGACAGCAGAUGUUGUUCGGCGUUGUACCUCCCAAAUACAAAUGAAUACACGUUUCCUGAGAACACUAUAUAGGUAAGAAUUCAUAUUUCGUAUCCCCUCUCUUUUUAUUAAUGUAAAUCAAGGCAUUCAAAUAAAUAGUGUACUGAAGAAUUAAUUACAUAUUGAUGUAGCACUGAAUCAUGUCCGGUGACUGGCCACAGAUAUCAUUCGAUAUCGUGUUUAAACUAAUCAUACACACUGUUUAACAGAAGAAAACAUAGCAGGUGCUGUGAAAUCAAUGAAUGAGGCUUUUGAAGAACGCCCAUGAAUAGACCGGGUCUGAGUCGCGCCAGUGAGGUAUUCCUCAUAGCGUUGUGGUGAUUCACGUGUUUGAGGAUCUUCAGGCGAUGGUGCCCACCGUUCAAUCAUCUCGUUCACUUAUCCCGGUCACAUUACAUAUCCUUCUUUCUACAAGAACUGACAGGAGAUCCCCUCGGAAUCCCCCGCCCUGACAGGGGCGCUCUCCUGAGCCGUUUAUAAGGAGCUGGAGAGCAGGACCCGAGCAAGGAACUUUUAACGCGCAGGCAUACUCCAGAGACGUGAGCAGAGAACUCACAAGACAGCGAUGAAGGGUAUAGGGACCGUCAAGGCUUACGCAUUGGCUUUGCUUCUUACGGCUGCUUUCAUUCCUCAGUCCUGGAGCGCGCCUCAGGGUCACUUUCAGAGGAGAAACUGGACCCCGCAGGCAAUGCUUUACUUGAAGGGGGCUCAGGGACGUCGUUUCAUAUCGGAGGAAAGAAAAGAUGGCGAGUUUUAUGAGAGACUACAUUUAGCAACCAGAAGCCCAAAUCCAAACCCCAGGAGUCUGUUGGAUGCACUGGCAGUGCUGCUGGCCUUCAUCAGCCAGGCAGGGGAGGAAGCUGAAGAAAACACAGAGCAAAUACAUUUGCAAGAGACCCCAACAUGGAAAAGAGGAAUCUUCUAAUAGCCUGUUAACUUGUGUAGUAUUGUAGUUUGAAAGGAUUGUCUUUGAUUUUAUUACAUGUUUAGAAUAUUCACACAUACUGUACAACACUGUGGAUUCCUUAAUAUGGCUUGGAUUUGACAAAUACUAUGCUUCGAAUGUAAAGUCAAUUUAAAGAAGCCUUUGCAUUCAAAAGAAGCCAUCUUUCAUCACUCCAUCAGGGAAGUCACCAUAAUCACAGUAUUUCUGAAACGGAGACUGAAGUUGAAAGCCUUUCAAGAAACACAUGAUCAACAGUUAUAAAAACUGACCUGCAAAUGUUCUUUUGUACAAUAAAGAUGUUAUAAGAAAAGUGUAAACAAGUAGCAUUUUUUUACCUCCCAAUAAACAGAAAUCAUAUUAAGUUUAACGAUAAGCCUGAGAUUUGGGGGAGGGAUCAUGGGAACUUGCUUCUCCUAUUGACCCCUCC